AUGGAUUCUGGAUCACAGAGCGCUGGCGGAGGCGCCUCUGCCUCCGGGAAAGGAACGCCUCGUGCCCAGACAAACGCUGCAACAGCCACCCCGCAGACCUCCCAGGGAGCCUCUGGAGGUUCGGUGGCUGAGCGAGGGACGAGCGCGUCUCCGCCGUUGCACCAUUUCUCCACUACAGUGAUCUCUUCGACUCCUCGUGCAGAUGCUCGGGGCCCUGGACGGGCAGCAACGUUCGCUGCAUUCGCCUCUCACGCUCACGUGGGCACUGCGAUCCCGGCUGCUGGUGCCAACAGUUGCGAUGGCGGCAAACCGUAUCAGACGGCAGGUCCGGGUUGCUCUCACUCCGAGGCUCGACCAGUGGAGACUCUCCCUAGAACUGUCGCAUCUGCAGGUUCAGGAAAGGCGCAUUUGGAAUAUAUUGCUCCUCAAACGAUUCCGUUGACGCCGACUGUGUGCUCGGAUAAGCUGGAGGCCAAACAGGCAUUCUUCUCGUCGCAUCAGCCGUGGACACCUGCAUCACAGACUGUACAGUCUCUUCCUUCGCAGUUUGUUGGAGGGAUGCCGGUUGAGAAUGCAAAGGGCCAAACCGCUUACACUCCUGAGAAAGAAACUCUCUACUAUUCAGCUGCUCCCCGGAUUGUAGGGUACCGCAAAGUGGGACCGUUGGGUGAAAAAGAUGUUCAGGUACUUUCUUCGGGUCUGGUGGCAAGUCAAACUGGGCCACAGAAGGGUUAUCUGGGGGAGCUGAACGUAGUGGACCACGCAGGCGCUGGGAGCACCAGCAAGGUGACCUACGCGCCACUUCCUCUUCUGGAGCGAUUGCAGCUUGGUCAGAUGCCAGGAAGUCCUCAUGCUCGUAGGGGUGAAAGUCGGUGUGACUCUUUGUUCCCGCUUAUUCGUAUCCGAGGCCGCAGUGGUGGACCGUGUGAGAUAAGCUCCAUUGAUCUUAAGCGAUUUCUGAAACGGGUUCAACUGGCCGCUUCCACGUAUUGCGAGGACAUGAGACGCCUCGUGCAGAUGCCCUUUGACACGGUUCCUCCUACAUUCGGGAACGGCGCUGCGUUUGGCAAAACCGCCUUGUACCAGCAGGUUGCUGCUCCUCACUGUCCGAACUGUGGAUAUGGUACCCUAGUCUGGACUGCUGCGCCCUUUUCGGAAGCAGGGGGUGUACCUAUGUCCUCGUCACCCGCAGUCUUUGAUGCGAAGGAAAACUGCGUGGACCGGCUGGCUCGCUGGCAAUGCUCAUUAUGCGGCGACAUCGCUGCAGCCGUGGACGAGGAGCUUCUCGAGUGUACAAACAUUGGCGGAUGCACGGAGGCAGGUGAUCGCGUUGAUCAGUUCGUCGCAGAAGGAAUCCACGGACUGGCUGAGUACCUCAGGAGCUCGUGCGCCGGCUGGCUGCGUGGAUCCCAACGAAUGGUUGAAGGGUAUCCCCUUUAUGAGCCUGAUCCGGCGCUCUGCAGAAAAGAGCGGCCAACUAGCCUAACAGGCAACAUGUGCGUCGAUCAGCUUAAUGCAUUUCUCGAUGCCUGCUUGGUUGAGCCCCACAAGAUGGAGGAAGCGCCACCUCCCCCUCAGAUCCCCGACACACAGCAGACAGGAAACUGGCUAGUUGACAAGGCAAACGCUAUGCUGGAUCGGCUGUGUGAGCAGAUGGCUGCCCUCUCUUGGACAUCUGUCGUCCGAGCCCGAAAGAGUGUCCUCAGUGCCAUCAACGGAUUGGCAAAGAGCGACGCGGAGGAACAUGUAGGCCCAGCUGAGCGACAGACCGGUGGCGUGGUGGAGUGCUGCUUACAGCAGGAUCGCUUUGUUAGCGAUAGGGAGGAGGCUCGCACGGGUGUUUACGCCACAUCUCUGCCGCCGCAACAGUACGUUGACCUGCCCAACUUUGUGGCGCCGGAAAAGGUCACCGUUAUCGAUGGCUCCGUCUCCAAGGUGGCGCCGCUUUCCCCUACACUGUAUCGGAAAGUGGAAAAACCCGAGAUUGUCACCUAUGAUUCGAAGCGAGCGGCAUGGAUAGGUAUGGAACUGAAGCUUUCGACGGAUGCGGUAGCUGAGAAAAACGCUCUGCCAUAG